AUGUUUCCCCGCCCAUUCGAGGUUCCCUGGGCGACGCGCCCGCCUUCUUACUACCUUUAUAAGGCUUCCUCCUCGGAUCAAUCCGGGUCUCCUUUUAGCGGCGGGGGAGAAAUUUCGUUUACCUCCUUAGCUAUUGUCUUUUCGGUCUUCGCCGCCGCCGCCGCGAUUUUCGUCGGCGUUUUGUUUUGCUUGAACAAGCAGCUCUGCGAAAGGCGAAGAACGCCCGAGGAGGAGUUGCACUACCCCGAGGCUGAGCCAGCGCCGGUGCCACGAGGCAUCGACGGCAGCAGAAGUGUGGAGGGGGCGGUGCUGCUCAGCGACGAUAACCGCGACGUUCUCGACAGCACGAGCGUCUUCCUGACUCUUCUGCACUCCUGCUCCUCUGCCUCCUCUGCCUCCUCCUCGUCGCCGCCGGGCUCCUUUGCGGCUGCGACGCGGGAGGACUUGGUAGACGCCGCCGCGGGCAUCGCGGGCGAGGCCGACGAGGCACGGACUGCGCAGGGUGAGGGGGACGCAAAUGCGCAUCCGCGCCGCUGCGGGCCACACUGCCUGCACCUACCGGAGGAGAUCCAAGACGUCUCCACGAACUCCAUGCGCAGGCUCUACGUGCGGCGAUCCUCGGAGUGUGUCUACGGCUCGUCGAGUUACAUCAUGGGCAGCAGGACGGAGCCGGUGGCAUACCUCUCUGAGAAGAGCGAGGGAGAAAAGGAAGAAAUAAAAGUUGGCGAGCCCAACUCCCCCGGCGGCGUAUUUUGGGGGGACGCGCCCACGCGCAUCUUUGAAGAAGGCGCUGGCGCCCCCGCAGCCGAGAGUGCAGGCCACGGGGCAGCAGGCGGCACGGAAAAUGGCAUGCGUCCAAACGUCACCGAGGGAACCGUGGUUGCCUUCAACCCGAGGGGGCCGGCGACGGGAGCCCGCAACGAACCCUUCCGCUGA